AUGGUCUUAAGCCAGAUCAGGUCCUACCACGCUGACUGUGGGCUCCAGUGUGCUAUCUUGUGUCUUAAGUGCAUUUAUGUGUCUAUCAAGCGACACACUUGUGUGUCUUUACAAAAAGUUGUCUACAAGUGCACAGACCCAAGGGUAAGAACUUGUGAUAGAUACCUCAGAGUCAUUAUUAAUGACAAUCAAUUCAGUAAUUAUCACUGUGCUGAAGAGAGUGCAAGAAAUUUCAAAAUUAGCCAUGGAAAUAAAUCAUUACUGGAUGGAAGGAGGGAGUUGGAAUACAGCAUUGUCACCACCUGGGACAAUCUACCAGUGACACAUAGUCCUGUUACUUUCCGCUUCAAAGCAGGGGAUCAAGGACUGCUGAUGGAAGUGAGUGCUCCCUUCUUUGAUGAUCCUCCAGCACCUCCUGGUGUCCCAGGCCAUGCUUUUAAUGGACUCUGGGAGUAUGAAGUUGUGGAAGCCUUUUUUCUAAACAGCAUAACCAAAGAAUAUUUGGAAGUAGAACUUUGCCCGCAUGGACAACAUCUAGUUCUCUUGCUCUCUGAUGGCGAUGCUUUUGCAAAAGAGCUGGAUUUAAAUUUUAGAGCUGACAUAGGUGGGGAUGAAUGGAAUGGAAUUACACUUCUUCCUUGGGAAUUUUUUCCACCUGGUAUUGACAAGUUGAAUUUAUAUGCCAUCCAUGGGUCAGAGGAUAGAAGAACUUAUGAAGCUCUUUAUCCAAUACCCCAUGAAGAGAUUGCAACUGGACAAGGACCCAAUUUCCAUCGCCUGGAGUAUUUCAAAACCUUUGAUCUGAAGUGGGUGAUGGGAGAAGACUGGGAACAGCCCCAUUCAAAGCUGUGGCCUUAGAUUUGUUCAGCUG